AUGACUUCAGCAGAGAGGCAGAAGCUGCUGUUGCAGCAGGAAAUCGCAAAACUGUCUGGCCGCAUUUCCGCUUCAACCGCUUCGUCAUCAACAUACCAACCCCGCUCACAUACCGCCUACCACCCCUAUCGCCCUCCACGGGGUAGCACCUACCGCGGAGGCAGCUCCAGCCGAGGUCGAGGGUCAAGCAGAGGCGGCAGUACCUACAGCUCGACCCGGCUCGAUUUGAGAGAAAUCAAUCGCGCCAAGGCGACUUCUGCGAAUGCUUCGGCUGGCCCGUCGACCAAUAUACCAGCCGCUACAUCGGAAGCAGGGCCACCGACUAGCAAUACAGGAUUGAGCGCAAAAGAAAAGGAGGAUGGCGAAGUCUCUCCAACGCCUUCUCCCGAUCUUCCAGGUUCGACCAAAGUGCCCGCGGUACCUGCACCGCCGGCGAAGGCUGCUGGAAAGGCCUCAUCAUGGAUCAAGUCGAAUGGCGCGAAUAUGAGCCUUAUGACCAAGGAGAAACGACAACAGCUCAACUCGACUUACGUCCCCCCGGUAUAUCGUCCACGCAAACGAGCAGCGCCUGCCCAGAUCCAGAUGUUAAAUUCGACAUCUACGCCGAAUGGAUCUCAGCAGGUCGUGGUGGAUGGCGUCAUCUUCCAAUUCGAGCCAGGAGGCAAGAAGUUGACGCGGAUAGGCGAGGUUGCUGCAUCCGCGGCCAACUCGACACCGACGAGAAGAAAGCUGGACUUUCAGGGUGGUUCUUUCAGGCGCACCAAUCUCGGCAAUCUUGUGUCCACGCCAAGUCGGCCUGUCCGAGAAUACUGCCCCACCUUCACCAAGACGGGCAAAUGCACGCGAGCCAAUGUCUGCCCGUACAAGCACGACCCUGAGCGGCUCGCCAUCUGCCCGCUUUUCCUGCGAAACCGCGGACCGCACGACGGUGUCCCAUGCACCCUCUCGCACACGCCCUCCUCGCACAACACGCCCUCCUGCGUCCGCUUCCAGGCGACGUCGACAUGCCACUACCCGACCUGCCUGUACCCGCACAUCCGCGUCUCGCCCACCGCACCUGUUUGCGAGGCGUUUGCGCGCGAGCGAUGGUGUCCCGCUCCGGCUGGGACAUGCCCCAAUCUCCAUGUCUGGGAGUGCCAGGAAUGGCGCGAGCACGGGCGGUGUUCCCGCGGUAAAGCGUGUGGGCUGCAGCAUGUUCUCCGGGCGGAUUCGGGCGCGGGCAAGGCUGCGGCCAAGAAGGAUGGGCUGGAGGGGGAACAGGUCAUGAGUGCUGUAGAGGUGGAUUUGAGGGGGGAUCUACCAGAGGAAAGCGGGAAGGGAGUAGGGUUUGAUGAUGGGGCGAAUUGGAUCGGGUUGGGGGGGAGCGCAGGGGAGUGGGAUAUGGAGCAAGGGGCGCCGGGGGAGGUCAGUGAAGAUGGGGAGGGGUCGAGCGAGGUCGCGGAGGAUGAAGAUGAGGAUGAUGACGAUGACGAUGAUGAGGACGAGGGAGACGAAGCGGCUCUGAUCACUGGGACUGGCGGAGAAGAGGCAGUAUCGGAAGCGUCGAGUGACGGCGAGAUGGAAACAGGUACCGAUACCGAGGACGACGUGGAGGCGGUGCUGGGUGUCGUCGUCUGA